AUGGCCCCAGUCGCAACGGCAGAGACGGCACCAAUGCAACUACCCGUCUACAAGUCAAAGUCAUCCUCCGUCACCGCGUCUGUUUUGCAUGGUCCGCGGGACCUGCGAUUGGAGGUGAGAUCUAUCGAAGAGCCUGGAGUUGGCGAGGUGCAGAUCUCCAUCAAGAGAACCGGCAUCUGUGGGUCCGACGUCAGUUACUACAAGAAGUUUGCCAACGGUGACCUCUGCGCCUGCCACCCUCUAUCUCUCGGCCAUGAGUCUUCCGGAGAAGUUGUGGCCAUCGGCCCCCAGGUAAACGGGUUCAAGCUUGGUGACCGUGUUGCCCUCGAAGUCGGUGUUCCCUGCGGACAAUGCACCAUCUGCAGAAAGGGUCGAUACAACCUCUGCAAGAAGAUGAAGUUCCGAUCCAGCGCCAAAAGCGUCCCUCAUUACCAGGGCACUCUGCAAGAAAGAAUCAACCACCCCGCGGCAUGGUGCCACAAGAUCCCCGAUCACGUAUCCUACGAGGCCGCCGCUCUCCUUGAGCCGCUCUCCGUAGCCAUCCACGCCGUCAACCGAGCGACACCCGAGCCCGGAUCCUCAGCCUUGGUGAUCGGAGCCGGCACCGUGGGCCUUCUCACCGCCGCAAUGGCACGCCAGGCCGGCUGUGCCCAAGUCACAAUCACCGACGUCGACGCCGGCCGGGUCAACUACGCCAUCUCCAAGGGCUUCGCGACCCACGGCUACGUCGUCCCUGCGCCGGGCUCCUCCUACGGCAACAACUCGGGAACAUCGACCCCGGCCGACCCCGGCGUCAUGACUCCGGCGAGCAUCUUCUCGGUCCAGAGCAUCCAGGGCAAGUUCGACGGCGCCAAGGCCCUGGCCGGCGAGAUCCUCGCCCUCACGAGGGUGCCCGAGGAGCUCGAGACGGACGCCGAGGACGAGGGCGUCGACGUCACAUUCGAGUGCACCGGCAAGGAGAUCUGCAUGCACACCAGCCUCUACGCCACGAGACCCGGCGGCAAGGUCGUCAUGGUCGGCAUGGGCACUCCCGUCCAGACCCUCCCGCUGUCCGUCGCGCACCUGAGGGAGAUCGACAUCCUGGGCAUUUUCCGCUACGCAAACACCUACCCCACCGGCGUCCGGCUCCUCUGCGCCGCCAAGGGCAACGGAGGAGGAGUUCUUCCCCGUCUUGACGACAUGGUCACGCAUCGAUUCAAGGGCCUGCACAACGCCGCCAAGGCGUUCGAGCUUGCCAGCCGUACGUGCGACGAUGAGGGAAACCUCGUCUUGAAGGUCGUCAUUGAGGCCUGA